CGGAAGUUAUCCGGUCUCUCCGGAGUCUUCUGGAGCAAGUGCUGUCGGCCGCGCUGGUGGCGGCGGCAGCGCGGUGCUGGGAAGCUGGCCGUCCGGCCUUGCCGCCGCUAGGGGCCGUUCCCCGCGCAGCACCACGGCCCCGCGAGCCUCGAGCCCGACGCGGCGGCGCCGGGCUGCCUCAGGCUCCUUCACGCCGCUGCCGGGGGCACCUGCCGGGGCAUCGCCCGGACCUCCAGCCGAGGCGCUGGCUCCCGGCCCCGGCGCUCCGGGCCGAAGCGAGGAGCGCGCUGGUGGCCCCGCGCUGCCGCCUCCCUGAACCCUCGAGGCCCUGGUCCAGAGCGACAGCCUUGGGCCGGGCUAGACGCAGCCAAGACGCUCAGCCCCGGCCGCCCGCAGGCGGGGCUCUGCAUGGUCUCUGAGAUGUCGCCCACCGUCUCGCACAAGGACAGCAGUCGGCAGCGCCGCCCGGGGACUUUCACCCACGCGCUGGAUAUGAGGAGCGGGCCUCUGCCGCCGGGCACCUGGGAUGACAGUCCCCCGGACCUGGCGGGCGGGGAAGGGGACAAAGAAGCUCUUCUGCAGGGCGCCGGCACUGGGGACUUCUCGAAGCCCUCCCGGAGCUGCCGGGCCGAACUAAGCAGCAUUCUGCUGCUGCUUUUUCUUUACGUGCUUCAGGGCAUUCCGCUGGGCCUGGCGGGGAGCAUCCCCCUCAUCUUGCAGAGUAAAAACGUUAGCUAUACCGAUCAAGCCUUCUUCAGUUUUGUCUUUUGGCCCUUCAGUCUCAAGUUGCUCUGGGCCCCUUUGGUUGAUGCAGUUUACUUUAGGAACUUUGGUCGCCGCAAAUCUUGGCUUGUCCCGACCCAGUAUGUUCUGGGACUCUUCAUGAUAUAUUUGUCCACUCAGGUGGACCGUUUGCUCGGGAAUACUGAUGGCAGAACCCCCGAUGUGUUUACUCUCACUGUGGCGUUCUUUUUGUUUGAAUUCCUGGCCGCCACUCAGGACAUCGCUGUGGACGGCUGGGCGUUAACUAUGUUAUCCCGGGAAAACGUGGGUUAUGCUUCUACUUGCAAUUCAGUGGGCCAAACAGCUGGCUACUUUUUGGGCAAUGUUUUGUUUUUGGCCCUGGAAUCUGCUGACUUUUGUAACAAAUAUUUGCGGUUUCAGCCUCAACCCAGGGGAAUCGUUACUCUUUCAGAUUUCCUUUUUUUCUGGGGAACUGUAUUUUUGAUAACAACAACUUUAGUUGCUCUUCUGAAGAAAGAAAACAAAGAAUUAUCUGUUGAAAAAGAAGAAACCCAGGGGAUCUCAGAUACUUACAAGCUACUAUUUGCAAUUGUAAAAAUGCCAGCAGUUCUGACAUUUUGCCUUCUAAUUCUAACUUCAAAGAUUGGUUUUUCAGCAGCAGAUGCAGUAACAGGACUGAAAUUGGUAGAAGAGGGAGUACCCAAAGAACAUUUAGCCUUAUUGGCAGUUCCAAUGGUUCCUUUGCAGAUAAUAUUGCCUCUGAUUAUCAGCAAAUACACUGCAGGUCCCCAGCCACUAAACAUAUUUUACAAAGCCAUGCCCUACAGAUUGUUGCUGGGAUUAGAAUAUGCUCUGCUGGUCUGGUGGACUCCUAAAGUAGAGCAUCAAGGGGGAUUCCCUGCGUAUUACUACAUUGUAGUGCUGCUGAGUUACGCAUUACAUCAGGUUACAUUGUACAGCAUGUAUGUUUCCAUAAUGGCUUUCAAUGCGAAAGUUAGUGAUCCACUUAUUGGAGGAACAUACAUGACCCUUUUAAAUACUGUGUCCAAUCUGGGAGGAAACUGGCCUUCUACAGUAGUUCUCUGGCUGGUAGAUCCCCUCACAGUGAAGGAGUGUGUAGGAGCAUCCAACCAGAACUGUCGAACACCUGAUGCUGUUGAGCUUUGCAAAAAACUUGGUGGCUCGUGUGUUACAGCAUUGGAUGGUUAUUAUGUGGAGUCCAUUAUUUGUGUUUUUAUUGGAUUUGGUUGGUGGUUCUUUCUUGGUCCAAAAUUUAAAAAGCUACAGGAUGAAGGACCGUCUUCGUGGAAGUGCAAAAGGAGCAAUUAGUGCAUUCACUGCUGGACAUUCUAGAAAGGUAACCAUACUCUGGGUUAAUUCAGAGAGCUGUAAGAGUCAGUGCACAGGAGUAUAAAAUAUUAUUUUAAACAAGGAAAUUAUCAAUAUAAAAUGCCAAAUGGUUAAAAAAUAGAGACCUCUCUGUGUAUUUGAUUAUACUUUUCCUUGCCUUGUUGAUAUAUUUAAAGUUUACUUAAGGUCAGGAAAUUGGUCCUAAAACAACUCUUCUGGCCUUGUUAUUUGAUUUAUGUGUUUUUAAUUUACUGACCAAAGUAUGUUUUAAGCUGCACUGCAGUCAUCAUGGGGGGUAACCAUGCAGUCAAGUAUUGUUAUCAGUACCUACGUUGAGCUGUAUUUGAAAUUUUGGUAAAAUACAUUAAAUGGAAUAGAGCUUGAUGUUCAGGUACGAGCUACAAGUAGUCUGCCCUUGUUGGCCAUUAAAUCUUAUUUUGAAUUGCAAAUUGGUGAAAUUCUGUGUAGGCUACUGAAAUGCCAGUUUAGUUAUUUUUCAGACCAUAACCACAUUGUACUAAUGAAUCUGUUAAAAAGACUAUUUUAAAUGUAUUUCCUGCUUUUGUAAGCAUUAAAGAUUUAUAAGAAGAUUAUUCAGACUUAUUUUUUAUAAAAUGAAAGCUGUGAUUUUUAAUUUAUUGAUUCCCCUGCCUCCUUUCUUUUGGAAGAUAUUUUGAUUCCUUGUUACCUUAAAGCUUACAUAUGUUUUUGUCAUAAGUGCUUUGUGGCACACAGACAGCUCAUGAGGGAUCAAAUUUAGUGUGGUAUGUAUGUUCAUGGCAAAGUUUUGAAAAUAAAAAACGUUUUUCUUCAA